AUGUUCACCCACUCGUCCGCGCAAGCCAAAGUCAAAGCAGCUCAGCGGUUGUGGAACACUCGCACGCCCAGCAAGAUCGUCAAAGCCUACACCGAUGAUAGCGUGUGGAGGAACAGGGAUAGCUUUCUGCGAGGCCACGCAGAGAUUGAAGCGUUCCUGGAAGCCAAAUGGCGUAAAGAGACAGAGUAUCGCUUGAGAAAGGAGCUCUUUCUCUUCGGCCAUGAUCGCAUCGCCGUGCAAUUCUGGUACGAGUACAAGUCUGCCGUAGACUCGCAAUGGUACCGCUGCUACGGGUUGGAGGACUGGACAUUCGACGCCACGGGCAAGAUGAAGCGUCGGAUGAUGUCAGGCAACGAUGUGCCCAUCAGACAGAGCGAGAGGUGGUUCGCUUCUGCUCAGACAGACGAUGAGAUCGACAGACUGUUGAUCCCAGAGAUCGAGCCCAACAUGUUGUGCAACUAG